AUGCACCCGACAGGCCUGGCGGCGCCGGCGUCUACAGAGACUGCCCGGCAGCGUAAGUGGCCCUCAAAGCGCAGGACCCCUGUGUCCCAGCCGGGUAUGGCUGACCCCCACCAGCUUUUCGAUGACACGAGUUCGGCCCAGAGUCGGGGCUACAGGGCCCCGCGGGCACCCAGUGGCCUGGGCUACCCUGCAGCCUCCACCUCACCCCAGGCGGCCUUCCUGGCCGAUCCUGUGUCCAACAUGGCCAUGGCCUAUGGGAGCAGCCUGGCCGCCCAGGGCAAGGAGCACGUGAGUGGGCUAGGGCUGGAGGGAAGGGGCAUCGACCGCUUCUUCCCCAUCAGCAAGCUCAAGUACUAUUUUGCGGUGGACACUGUGUAUGUGGGCAAAAAGCUGGGCCUGCUCGUCUUCCCCUACCUGCACCAGGACUGGGAGGUGCAGUACCAGCAGGACACACCUGUGGCCCCCCGCUUUGACAUCAAUGCUCCUGACCUCUACAUCCCAGCUAUGGCUUUCAUCACCUACAUCUUGGUGGCUGGCCUUGCACUAGGGACCCAGGAUAGGUUCUCUCCUGAUCUCCUGGGGCUGCAGGCGAGCUCAGCGUUGGCCUGGCUGACGCUGGAGGUGCUGGCCAUCCUGCUCAGCCUCUACCUGGUCACCAUCAACACCGACCUCACCACCAUCGACCUGGUUGCCUUCCUGGGCUACAAAUAUGUCGGGAUGAUCGGUGGGGUUCUCAUGGGCCUGCUCUUCGGGAAGACUGGCUACUACCUGGUGCUGGGCUGGUGCUGCGUGUCCAUCUUCGUGUUCAUGAUCCGGACACUGCGUCUGAAGAUCCUGGCUGAGGCAGCGGCAGAAGGGGUCCCUGUGCGCGGGGCGCGGAACCAGCUGCGCAUGUACCUGACCAUGGCGGUGGCCACGGCGCAGCCUCUGCUCAUGUACUGGCUCACUUUCCACCUGGUGCGGUGA